CUUUUACAUAUAUGCCUAGAGAAAGAGGCUUGCAAUUUACAUAAAAUGGAGCUUGAAAGCCAAGCCCUUUCAACCUCUGAUGUGGAACCUUUGGCAGAAAGCGCUGGCUCUAAAACAACUACUGCUGCAGUGAAAUUGCAGAAGGUUUAUAGGAGUUAUCGCACCCGGCGCAGGCUAGCAGAUUCAGUGGUGGUUGCUGAAGAGCUCUGGUGGCAAGCUAUGGAUUAUGCACAAUUGAAUCAUAGCACGGUAUCAUUCUUCAAUUUCCUGAAACCUGAGACGGCAGCAUCAAGAUGGAGUAGGAUACGGCUAAAUGCUUCAAGGGUUGGAAAGGGCUUAGGUAGAAAUGAUAAGGCUCAGAAAUUAGCUUUUCAACAUUGGAUUGAAGCUUUUACACCAGCAAGGUUGGACAUUGGAGAUGGCAAAGAGGUUGAUCUGGAAGAAUGCCCAAGAUCAAAGCUUCGGCAAGAAUGCAUCAGAUACCUUGGACCUAAAAGGAAGGGAUCAUUUCAUCAUUCCAGCUUCCUUGCAGGAGGUGCCACUCUAGCCGCUGGACAACUUAAAGCAAAGGAUGGAAAACUCAAGUCAGUAUCAGCAUCUAGCGGACAUUAUCGUCCCACUGACAAGAACCUCGGGAGCUUCUUAGAUUUCCUCAAGGACAAUGGAGUACAUCUUGAAGAAGUUGAGGUAAUUUCCCAUGCUGAUGAUUCUCAGACCUAUAUCAGCAGACAUGAUCAAGAAGGUAAUAAGAUUGGAUUCUCAACUAAUUCUGAACAUACCGAGCUUCAACUUUCUAGUGGAAUUGAGAAAAUGCAAUACUCCGAACCAAUUAAACUUGCUAAGACUGAAAGAAAAGGUAGUUACAGAAGGGCAUUAUCUAGUAAUCUCCAGAGCCCGAGGAAGAGAGAUCCUACAAAUGAAAUACUGCAGAGAAUCAAUUCCAAGAAGAUAUCAAGCUCAAACCAAUUAGGGCACCAACUUUCAUUGAAAUGGUCAACAGGAGCUGGCCCAAGAAUUGGAUGUGUUGCAGAUUACCCUCAGAACUUAAGGGUACAAGCCCUAGAGUUUGCUAGCCUGUCCCCUACGGAUUCCCCCACACUAGCAGGUUCCCAAUUCUCCCCUGGUCUCACUAAAUUCACAAAUCUUUGUAAGGUGAUGUGA